AUGGAAUUCUAUCAAUCUGUUAUCAUCUCCGGGAGAGACUGUGGUUCACACACCCAGACUCAUAAACUUAACCAGCAAAUAGGCAGAGGAUGUGAAUCUACAAGAAAAAGAAAUAGCGAACAGACAUGUAUUCGGAUUUCCCAGGUGGUGCUUGUGGUGCUCAUAAGGAACCUGCCUGCCUGUGCAGGAGACAAAGAGAUGCAGGUUCGAUAUCAAGGUCAGAAGGAUCCCUUAGAGGAGGACAUGGCAAUCCACUCUAGUAUUCUUGCCUGGAGAAUCUCAUGGACAGAGGAGCCUGACGGUCUACAGUCCAUAGAGUUGCAAAGCACUGGACCCAGCUGA